AUGUUCGUCCACCAGGCGAUCUGCCGAUGCCUGCAUUCCGUCUACACAGAGGUGCGCCUGAUCGUCCCUCUACCAGUGUCCCCGAUGCAAGUUCGGAGCAUGGUGUUUCUCAGCCUGCUUACGGGGAUGUGCUUCAUCAUGAAAGUGGAGACGCCACUCGCCGCGAGUGGAGUGACUCCGACAGGAGUCAAUGGGUGGGAGCCUCCGGUUCACUCAGGGGCGACGAGUGGAAUACCGGAGACUGCGACAAAGGAGCUACAGGACCGCACAGUGAAUGGGAGCGCCGUGCCAGUUGGGGAGCGAGGAGUACAGGAGUUACGUCCUCAAACUACGAAGCCCACCGCCGCGAACAACGAGAACCUCACAGAGACGACCCAUGGUCCCAAGGCGACGACCCGUGGUCAAAAGGGAGAAGCGACCGUGAGCGCCGCUACCAAGGACAUGGAGGACGCGAUGACGAUGAGAGGCACGACUGGCGAAGCAAUAAGCAUCCUCGAGGAGAUCCCCCGGCAGAUGGUCGAGAUAACCGAGGGACUUGGCACGAUGACGCAGAAGGGCGCGGACGUCCCGAGGCAGAUGGUCGAGAUGGCCGGUCUCAUUGGCGCGAUUCGCCGCAAGUUCCCCAAGGUUGAGGACCAGUGGUACUCGAAGCUCGAUGAGGAUACUAGCCAUGCCUGGAGCGGAAAGAGCACCGAGUUCUGUGUGGACCACGGCUUCGGCAAGGGCGGCCAAACCGGACCGGCCGCGCGGGCAUCCGAGCGCCUACAAGUGCCGUCUUUCAGUGCAGAGGACAGCGAGGACUUGGGAGGAUCUGCAAGGUCGUACCUCAGACAGAUAGAAGCCUGGAAACGUAUGACUAUGCUACCUGCAAACAAACAAGCCCUCGUCCUGUACCAGAACCUGUCCGGAAAAGCUUGGAUUGCAGCCGAGGAACUCAGUCUUGGCCGCCUAGGUGAGGAUACCGGCGUGACGUACCUGGUAUCAUGGGUCACCGCGCGGUUUCUGGACCUGGAGAUCACCCGUAUCGGCCGAGCUCUAAGUGACUUUUUCAGAAGAUUGCGAAGGCGACCUAAUCAGACAGUCCGCGAGUACAACACUGAGUAUGACCGCUUGUAUGGACGCUUACGCGAA